UAUCUGAAUGUACACUUUUCCAAACACUACCGGGCCACCAUCGGGGUGGACUUCGCCCUCAAGGUCCUCAACUGGGACAGCAGGACGCUGGUGCGCCUGCAGCUGUGGGACAUCGCGGGGCAGGAGCGAUUUGGCAACAUGACCCGUGUAUACUACAAGGAAGCUGUUGGUGCUUUUGUAGUCUUUGAUAUAUCGAGAGGUUCUACAUUUGAGGCAGUCUUAAAAUGGAAAAAUGAUCUGGAUAGUAAAGUUCAUCUUUCAAAUGGCAGCCCUAUUCCUGCUGUCCUCUUAGCUAACAAAUGUGACCAGAAAAGGGACAGUAGCCAAAGUCCUUCUCAGAUGGACCAAUUCUGCAAAGAACAUGGCUUCACUGGAUGGUUUGAAACCUCUGCAAAGGAUAACAUAAACAUAGAUGAAGCCUCUCGGUUCCUGGUGGAGAAUAUUCUUGCAAACCACCAAAGCUUUCCUAACGAAGAAAACGAUGUGGACAAAAUUAAACUAGAUCAAGUAACCUUGAGAGCAGAGAGCAAAUCCCAGUGUUGCUGACAUGGUCUCAGCUUGUCUUGUACCUGCCUCAGCUCCUAGUGAGUUUCUGAGAUCAGGUUAAUAAUGGCAUGCUGGCUGUGAGCCUUCCCACAUGCCACUUCAAAUGGCACCACCACUGGGUGCUUAUUUGAAAUGGAACUUUUGGAGAAAUAUCCCUGUUAGUGACUCUGCAACUUACCAGAUAACAAAAGGUUCUGUUGUUGUUGCCAACAUAUUGAGGAUAGCGUUUACAUCUUUUUUAAUGUCUUUUUAAAAUGACGGUUCCUCAGGAUUUGGUAAGAUUUUCCAAUUGUAGCUGUUAGUGUAAGUGCUGGUUUGGUAAUAAACUUUAUCUCCAGUCUUAGUCAUUUUGAGUCUAUAUUUUUGUCUCUUUCUUCUUUCCUCACUUUUGAGAGAGGAUUUUAUACUCUGUCAGCCACAAAGGCUUGAAGUUUUUCUUUAGCAAUUUUCUUUUCAAAACUUCAUGUAAAGCUGUACCUUAAAUAUAACUUAACCAGUUGUAACUGGUGUGGUAUGUGGUCACUCAAACACAUUAAAGUAUCCUUCCUAAUUACUCAAAAAGUUAUCACACCACACUUGUAUUAUGAAUGUCUACUUCUGGAUCUUGUUGCUACCCCUAGGAAGCAGUAUAAAUGAGCAUUUUUUUUCUUUCUCGCUAGUCCUUUCUCUCUUCUUGCCAUGUACUUUUGUUUAUAACUGAAAGCCUGGAUGAUGUCUCUGUUGUAAUUCUCUCUAACUGGAGCUAAUGAUCAGAGAGAGAAUGCUUUCAAAGCAUAUACAAUUAAAUCUGUGCUUCUAUGGUAUGAAUUGUGAAAGACACUAGUUUGUGUAUGGUUUUAUAUAAGGUUUUGGACAUUUAAAUUACAAUACCUGAAAAACUUAAGGUGGCCUUACAAUAUUUGUAUUAUUGUUUAACCCAAGUAAGGAAAAUAAUAAAUAUUUUGACUAAA